CUCAUGCUCGUUCUGCGCUCUGAGUUGCGCGACAAAGACAUUCCUCACCGCACCAAACUGCGGGAGCUAAUCAUCAACCGAUGGAAGCUCUUCUUCGAGGACGUCAAGAAGGAGCUUUUGGUCGCUCCGGGGCGUAUCAACUUCACGGCCGAUAUUUGGAGCGAUCAGCGUCGACGGGGUUACCUCGGGGUGACGGCUCAUUGGCUCGCC